AUGGUGCCUCCAACAAAGAGUUUGAGUCCUCAAAAACUUGCUGCACUGCUGCUUCUUUUCUGUCUCACAAUUUCAUCUUCAGUUCAUGCCAUCACAUAUUCUACCAAGUUAGAGCAACCACAAGUUUCUCAGCAACCAUACACUGAAGUCAAGUGUGGAUCAUGCCCUUGUGGAAGUCCCUGCGACGAGCAACUUCUGUCACCUCCUCCUCCUCCACCUCCUUCCCCGCCACCACUACCACUACCAGAGAUUUCCUCCCCAGAAAUUUGUGAUGAAUCACCACCGCCGCCACCACCCCCGCGACUGCGACCACCACCAUCACGACCUCCACCGACUCCACCGCCGCCGCCAAGAUUCAUAUAUGUAAUCGCUCCACCGGGUGAUGCAUAUGCAUACUAUUACUCUGCUGCUCAAAACAGAGUUGUGGGGUUGCUGGUUUUGGCUGGUCUGGGAGCACUAUCCGUCACCGUUUUAUUUGCUUGA